AUGGCGGAAGGCCCAGACCACAGAGACAAGCCGCUGGAGGAGCUGGAGAGAGAGAUCACGUGCGCCGUGUGCCAGGAAGUCUACCAGCAGGCCAAGUUGCUUCCCUGCAACCACUACUACUGCUCGACGUGCAUCGAGAAGAUGGCGGCCGCCUCUCGAGGUAGGCCGUUACACUGCCCCGAGUGCCGCAAGGAGACGAGUCUCCCUCCCGGCGGCGCGGCCGCGCUCGAGCCCGCCUUCUUCGUGGAGAGAAUGAAAGACGUGUACGGGAAGAUGGCCAAGGCGGAGGGGAAGGUGGAGGCGGUUUGCGAGCAGUGUUCGCAGCCAGUCUGUCGCCUUCUGCCGGCAGUGCGGGGAGAUUUCAUUUGCGGCGAUUGCGCGCAGUCCCACAAGAAAAUGAGGGCUUUCGGCGAUCACGCUGUCGUUAGCCUUGAAGACCUGAAAAAAGGGUGGCGCAAAGAGCACUACUGUUGA